UUGGUGUUAACCAAAAAUAGCACUUGUAAUCCCUACAGCUUGACUAUCGGUAUUCAGAAACAGAAACAUUUGUUGUUUUUACUUGCGCACCACAGAUUCUUUUCUAAUUGUAAAAAAUUAUAAAUUAAAAAAAUACCCUAGUUUUGCAACCAAAAAUAAUUACAAAAAAAAAUGUCAUCACUUGGCGAUGCACUUGGUUAUCUAGCAUUCAAAAAUCCAAUCAGUCAAGCCGUCAUAAAUACCACAUAUAGUUUGGCUAAAAGUACCGGAAUCGUUUCCAAGCAGAGUAACGUAGUUGCAAAAACAACAGCCGACACAGCAAAAAUGGUGACGAAUGCUCUUCCACUUUGGCGACUUGCCGGAGGAAACUACAAUUUUGUACGCCUAGCAGGUGCAAGUGGUGCUGCUGCUGUAAUUUUAGGAGCAAUUGGUAGUCACAGAACUCUUGCUAUUCAGGAUAAGGGAGAAUCGAAGGCAAUUUUCGAAACUGCAAAUAGAUUUCAUUUCUUUCAUUCUAUUGCAUUGAUGGCAGUGCCGUUGGCCAAGAGACCGGUUUUGACCGGAUCACUAAUGGCUACAGGAACACUUCUAUUCAGUGGCGUUCUCUAUUACAGAGCUCUUAGUGGUGAAAAAACUUUAAGCCGUUUAGCUCCAAUGGGUGGUUUUUGUUUGAUUGUUGCAUGGUUAACAUUGUUGUUGUAAAAAAUUGAUUAAAUUAUGUUUCAGUUUGAAUGUA